AUGUCUGCACUCCAGGAACUGAGCGGAAUAACAGGGAAGUACGACUCGAGUGUUGUGGACCACUUUGAAAAUCCGAGAAACGUUGGGUCUCUUGACAAGACGGAUCCUCGAGUCGGAACUGGGAUGGUCGGGGCCCCGGCCUGUGGAGACGUGAUGAAGCUUCAGAUAAAGGUAGGGAAGGAUAAUGUGAUUGAGGAUGCAAAGUUUAAGACCUUUGGAUGCGGGUCUGCAAUUGCAUCGUCAAGUCUGGCAACGGAGUGGAUCAAGAAGAAGACAAUAGAUGAGUCAUUGAAGAUAUCCAAUAGAGACAUAGCAAAGAAGCUCUCCUUACCACCGAUCAAGCUCCACUGCUCCAUGUUGGCAGAAGAUGCCAUCAAGAUGGCAAUCAAAGACUUUCUGGACAAGAACAAGCCGUCACCAUGA